AUGCCGGCGCCCACCAUUGCCGACAAGCCCUGGCAUCAACACCUCACCAUCGACCUCUUCGCACAUGUUCUCUCUACCAGCAUCUUCCACCCUUUCGUCGCCUGCCUCAUUCCCGUCUGCUUUCGCUCCAUCCAAGCUCCCUACGACAGUCCUCAGUUCAUCGCUUCCUGCAUAUUCGCAGGCUUGGUCACCUUGAUAUGGAUGCUCAGUGUCGUCAACAAGCGUGUUGCAUAUGGCCUGCCACGGGAAGUUGACUGGACUGAGGAAGUGGUCGUUGUCACAGGCGGCGCGAAUGGACUGGGCAAAGUCAUUGCUGAAACGUAUACCAUGCGAGGAGCGCGAGUAGCGAUCUUGGAUCUCGUGCAGUCGACUGGAGAGACUGGGAGUGAGGGCGAUGUGAGAGUCUACCAGUGCGAUGUGGGCGAUGCGGAGGCGGUGGAGAAAGUUGCGAAGAGGAUAAAGGAUGAUCUUGGACCUCCCACGAUUCUCUUGAACAACGCCGGCAUCGUCAACGGCAAACCACUCUGGGAUCUGACAUCGAAAGACAUCGAGCGCAACUUUUCUGUCAACCUCAUCUCGCAUUUCCACACCAUCCGGACUUUUCUUCCGGGAAUGCUCGCCUCUGAGACAGGUGGAACGAUCGUCACUAUCGCUUCUGUGCUGGGAAAGCUCGGUGCAGCCAACCUCUCCGACUACUGCGCCGCGAAAGCCGGACAAAUCGCCAUGCACACUUGCUUACGAUCCGAAUUGUCCUCCGAUUCUGCACCGCCCGGCGCAGAGAAAGUGCGGACAAUACUCGUCACGCCAGGACAACUAUCGACCCAACUAUUCGCAGCGCUGGAGACGCCGUCGAACUUCUUCGGGCCGGUGGUCGAGCCGGUCGAGUUGGCGAGUGCGAUUGUGAGGAUGAUCGAUGCUGGAGAGAGCGGAGAGAUCAGUAUGCCAUUCUAUGCGAGGUGGAUCGAGUGGAACUUUGUCCUGCCAGCUGCCGUGCAGAGAAUGUUGAGGCUUGUCAGCGGCAUUGAUCGGGCGAUGGGCUUGGCCAAGGAUGAUUCGAAGAAGAAGAGCACAUAG